AUGAAUUGCUGCAUCUACAAGUACUUGGUUGAUGAUUUUCUAGUCCUUUCUAGUCUUUCUAGUCUUUUCCUCGUACUGAUUUUAUUCCAGAUAAUUCAGUUCAGCGAGGGAAGGCAUUUGAGGUUAGAGACGAGAAAUGAAUUCCCUAACCUCCAAACUCAAACAAAGAUCUCUGAGAAAGAGACCAGAAAGACUGCUGAACACAGUACCAACUUGCAUGGUGACACCACAAACAAAGCAGCAUAUGUGCAUGGGGCUGAUGUACCUGUGGCACCAAUGACAGCAGAAAGGCCACCACCAAUGCCACCGAGUCAGGCGGUAGACGUAUCUCGGCCGCCGCCACCACCAGGUCAUGUGGACGACUUCAGACCCACAGUGCCGGGUCACAGUCCUGGGGUGGGGCAUUCCCUUCAAGGUUAGGACUACGGCUAGGGCUAGGGCAAUGGCAUUGAUAGUUGAUAUAUAUGCUUGCCUAUG